AGAGAGAGAGAGAGAGAGAGAGAGGUUAGGAGCUCCAGAUGGUGUUUAAACGCAGACAGAAGGCUACAGCGAGGACACAGAGAGAGAGAGGAGGAGGAGGAGAGCGCCGCGGUUACUGCGCACAGUGAGCUCGCCAGCUCCACUCAUCACCGAGGACAUAACAAGUCGUAAAAAUACCUAAUACCGUGCAUUGGAGGGGAAAAAAAAGACUUCUCCUGGUCUGCUCCGAUGACAGCGUUUUUUUAUUUCUCCUGGAAGUGAAGGUUUAAUACAACAACCAUCUGAGCGCAGCCUGACGGACGAUCGGCGCGUCGGAGGAGGACAAGCACCGAACAUAGAAACGUGGAGGUGGAGCAGCUUUGUCCGCAGGCUGGAAACAAACAAGAGAAAAACUAUAUAUAUUUUUUUUUCUCGGAUUGGAUGUAUGAGAACUUGCCUCUGACACCAUGAACUGUGGGUUCAACUGUGAGCUAAGAAGACUGUAAAGUUGUUUGGGUGGGGGGGGGGAAUUAUAGGCGCACCCUGCAGCCCUGAGGAUCUGCAUCUUAAUGUGACCUCACAUGGUGAGGCUUUUUGGACUUAGAGUGACAAAUUAGUUACUUUUUGUACGUCAAAAACAAACGGGACCUCGUUCCUGCUGUAGAAAUGACACUGUGUUGUCUCAUCUGUCUGGGAUGAUCAGAAAGUGCCAGGGAGCGAAUAUACACGACUGGGACAAGUUCUGAUUCUGUCGCAUCGCAAACACAAGAAGCUUUUCUGCUUCAACAAAUAAUAAAUCUAUAUCUCAGAUUGAAAAACCAAAGACAGCAGUUUUCCUAAGGAUCCAACAGCCCUUGUUUUGGUCUUAUUUUUUCUUUUAUCUUUUAUUAAGAAGAUAAAUACCUCACAGCCUAAGACUUAUUUAACCUGGACCCUAUUAGAGCACCCAAAGGAAAGUUAAACAUUUUUAUACCAUCAUAUAUUUUUAGAAAAAGGGAAUAACCCAACAAAGGCUUUAAUUUUUGCUCAUUUUUAGUGUACUUUUUUUUUUUUUUUCCAAGACGAUGAGGAUUGAAUCGAUAUAAAAUCCUGUUAAGAAGCGAUUUGGUGUGGAUUAUCGCUCUGCUUGACCUCGACCUUCACAAAGUAGCAGAGUGCAGAAGGCUGGAACAAUGCCAGAUUCACCUGCGGAUGUGAAAACCCAGCCCAGGUCCACCCCACCUACCAUGCCUCCUCCACCCCCGGCUGUGAGUCAAGCAACAAGUCGCAACGCCUCAUUCACACCGGCCACCAGUAAAUCAAUGCUGAACGGGAGCAGCCACUCUCCUACCUCGCUAAACGGUGCUCCUUCGACUCCCAAUGGCUUCAGUAACGGGCCGGCGAUGUCUUCGACGGCCUCCCUGUCCAACCAACAGCUUCCGCCGGCUUGUGGCGCCCGACAACUCUGCAAACUAAAGCGCUUCCUAACCACACUGCAGCAGUUCGGCAACGACAUAUCCCCCGAGAUUGGGGAGAGAGUGCGCAGCCUUGUGUUAGGACUGGUGAACUCCACUCUCACCAUUGAAGAGUUUCACUCCAAACUUCACGAGGCCACUAACUUCCCACUGAGGCCUUUUGUCAUUCCUUUCUUAAAGGCAAACCUGCCCCUGCUGCAGAGAGAAUUGCUCCACUGUGCCAGACUGGCCAAACAGACUCCAGCCCAGUAUCUGGCUCAGCACGAGCAGCUCCUCCUGGACGCCAAUGCUAGCUCGCCUCUCGACUCCUCGGAGAUCAUGCUAGAGAUGAACGAGCAUGGCAAGAGAAGGACUCCUGACAGGACCAAAGACAGCUCCGACAGAGAUGGCUUGCACCCGGAGCACCUGGCAAAGCGGCCCUGCACUAUCAGCCCCAGCCAACGCUUCAGCCCCAGCACCGGGCUCCCAGCUCACCCGCCUCCCAACGGCCUACCAACGCACCCACCCAACGGUCUGCCCCAUCCGCCCAACCCCCAAGUGGGACCCCAGCACUACCGCCUAGAAGACAUGGCCCUGGCACACCAGUACAGGGAUGCUUUCAGACACAGCGAACACAGAGACUCUCGAGACAGACACCGGCAGACAGCGGUGCACGGAGCUCGCCAAGAGGAGGUGAUCGAUCACCGUCUUACAGACCGAGAAUGGGCAGAAGAAUGGAAACAUCUUGAUAAUCUCCUUAACUGCAUCAUGGACAUGGUAGAGAAGACGCGACGCUCCUUGACGGUGCUGCGCCGCUGCCAGGAGGCCGAUCGUGAGGAGAUGAAUCACUGGAUCCGCCGUUACAGCGACGUAGAGGAGAUGAAAAAAGGUGGGAGCAACGGACAGCACUGCCUCCCUCCUCCUCCUACUCUUCCUCCUCCUCCUACUCCUCACCACAACUCCUCCUCCAACACAGCUAGCAGCAGCGAGUCACUGCCCAUAGGAACUCCCUCGGCUGCUGAAAGGCAGACAGGCAGACAGACAGAGAUCCACAGAGACUUCUUGCACCGGCCUCCCUCAGGAUACCUGCCUGAAGAAAUCUGGAGGAAAGCUGGUACUACAAGCAUGCCGCUUUCCCCAGCUCUAAAGCACCUCCAAAACAAGCAGGAGGAGGCGGUGAAUGAAGUGAAGCGGCAAGCCAUGUCAGAGCUGCAGAAGGCGGUGUCAGACGCAGAGAGGAAGGCUCACGAGAUGAUCUCUGCUGAACGAUCCAAAAUGGAGAGGGCACUGGCCGAGGCAAAGAGACAAGCUUCCGAAGACGCGCUAACGGUCAUCAACCAGCAGGAAGACUCCAGCGAGAGCUGUUGGAACUGCGGCAGGAAAGCCAGCGAGACAUGCAGCGGCUGCAACACAGCUCGCUACUGCGGCUCCUUCUGCCAACACAAAGACUGGGAGAAACACCACCACGUCUGUGGUCAGGGCCUGCAGGGGCUGCCGGGGGGCAGCAGCGUUCCCCUGGGCACCCCUUCCUCCACCUCCUCGGUGUCCUCCAGCGCGCCACCGACCCACUCAGAGAGCACCCCUCCAGGACCCCUCUCCCUGGCGGGCCAGAGCAGUAUUGCGGGAGGCGCCGGCAGCGGGAGCGUCUCCGCCAGCCCCAAAGAGAGCAGUUCCAGCAGUGCCUCUCGCUCCACAACCCCAGCGACCCCUGCCCUACUGGAUGCCACCUCACGCUGACGUCUGAGCCCUCUGUUCGUCCAUGCGUACUGAAAUGACAGUGCCCACACUCCACACAAAAAGCCAAACUGAGGAAUCCGCAUUGCACACAACUCCCUUUCCUCCUACCCUUAUUCAUAACGCUCUACUUGCAAGCUCUGUGAUAAAUCCUUUAACAACCAACAGCUUUUCUCACCAUGUAUAAUGUUUUCUAUCUCUUCGGUGACCGACCCACAGGCAGAAAGAUUCCAACCAGAGGUUCAACGUGGUGCAAAGCGUGCAGCUUGCAGCGUCUGCUUCAACAUAUCAGAUUUGUUUGCUGAGAACAUAGGCUUUGAAUUAAAAAUUCACCCUCAUUUGUGUAGGCGUGGUUAAGUUAGGGGCUGUGAUCAGGCAGCAUUUAUGAAAGAUAAGUAGGACUUGAUAGAAUUUCCCCUUUAAUUUAGCACCAGUGGAGGUACAUCAUCCAGCCCUGAAAUGUGCACUAACAGUCUGCUGAUGUGACAACUCUGCAGACUGUUUAUUAUGAAACUUUAUUAUGCAGUUUCAUAAUAAAGAAGCAAAAGUCAUAACCUUGCUCCAAAACCAAGGUGGGAAAGGAUACGAACUGUGAUGCGAUUUAUUCCUCAGAAACACAACUUAGUAUUUAUUAAAGGUUUCUUUCUGGCUUUAACGGAAAACAAAGAUAAGUCCAAAUAUUCUGAGUAAAGAAUAGCGCUGAUGAUGCUGAUGAUGAUAUGAGAAAUAAAUUAAUUUUAAACUGCUAACUACCUUGCUAGCAAGCCAAGAAAAUCUACACCGGACUCACCUCUCUGCACCAUUAUGAACCCAAAUAAAUUCAAAGAUGAAACAAAUAACAUGAUCCAAACCUUUUUACUACACUGCCAAAGUGAAAAAAAGAAACAUAAGUGAUAGAAAGAAGCACUCAUCUUAUAACCAAACACAAAGCAACAUCACCUCCUGAGCAGAAAAGCGAGCCCUGAUAGGACCAGGCGUGGAGGAGCUGCAGAGCAGCAUCUCAACUCUGAGAUUAAAAAAAAAACAAAAAAACACAAAACUGUGACCUGCUUUGAUCUGCAGCUGCCUCCCGCAGUCCGGAUAAAACUCCAGCGACUCCUCAGCGAUGGCCCAGACUAGUGAAUAUGGACAAUGCUGUGAAAUUGCCAACAAGAAACACUUGAUGAAAUUGAUGGAAACCCUGCCACAGUGUGGUUUUUUUGUGAAUGGUAGCGAGGACAUAAAGAGGGAAAUAGGAAAAAAUUAAUGCUACAUGGCCUCAAAAGAGACAGGUAGAAACAAGGCAACGGAGCUCCCAAAAACCUCAAGCAAGCUUGGAGACAUUGUUCAAGAAGGCAUUGCAUACUAUGGAGACGUACAAGGAGAUUGCUUAAAAGUUGAUUGUUUGUUUUUUUUAAAACAAAAAGCUCAGAAGGAGGAGACAUUUUGAGGAAUUACUGUUACCUUUACAUUCACUCCUUCCUUUUCCAAAGCAUGACUCGCAGUUCAGAAGAGCCGACAGGGCGGUGUAAACUUUGUUCUCCUCUCUUUCUACCUCCCCUCAUCCCUUCUUUGCUCGUCCCCAAACUAGUGGACUCACGUUUUACCCCCAAAAUCUCGGGUUUGCUUUGGACAGAGCUGCAAAGCACUCGCAGGGGAGGGUUGAACCUACUUGUAGAUAUUCUUCCUCUUUUCACUUUUUUCAUAAAUGUCUCCUGAUUGCUGAUGCCACAUGUGCUGCCCUUGUGUAUAUCCCAAAAAAUGGACUUUGUUUUGGGUUAUUUGCCUUUCAUUUUCUUCAAAGUUUGGGUUGAGCAGUCACAGCAGAGGAAAGGAUGUUUGUCUAUGAAAGGAAGCCCCACAUUGUACUUAUUGUUUGAACUGUUGUAUCUGUAUUGAUGAGAUGAAACCCCUCUUGUAGAAUAUUUUGUAUUGCUCGCAUUGUAAGACAGUGAGAGGACAGAGGUGCAAUAUGAAGAGAAUUCAGCUACUGAAUGGAACCUCAGCAACUGCCCGUAGGGUGUCAUAUAAUAUAGAUACAUAUAGAUAUAUUUAAAGCAACAUCAGUAACUUAAUGUGAAUGUACAUAGUAUUUAAAAAGGUCCAAAAAUGUGUUUGCCAAAUAACAAAAACCUUUAAAGUUCAGAACAUGACUUUUUCUCACAGUACAUUUGUUUUUCACUCGUACAAGCUGAAUCAAAGUGUCAUGAAACUGCUGGCGACAGACAUAAAGUAACUCCAGCCUGCACCAGGCAACAUAACAUUAUCUGUUUUGGUCUGGGACAUCCCAAUAUAGUCAAUUGUUACAGGGGGUUAAAAGUGAUGGAUCCAUUAGAAAUCAGCAUAUUUCAGUCAGAUCUUCUUUAGUGACUGUGAUGAUCCUGAUCAUUCUGAUCAAUCUGAAUCAACACGUUUUGCAAGACAGGCCAUUAUUGUAGGGGAAAGUGAUACGCCAGUGUUAAGCUCACAUCAAAAGUCAUUUUAAUUUUCUGUUUUCGAUUUGACCUCUUUGUUGUUUUAUUAAACAUGUGAUUCAAGAAAUAAGCUGCAGACGUGGAACAGGCCUUUGUUUCCAGAUCGAGAGAGCGGCUUCGCCGCAUUCCACAUGUUAGUAUCUUCUUUUAGCCUCUCCAAUACGGACUUAUUGCCUUUUAUAUUGAUCAUUGUAAACCCUACAUGGCUAGCUUCAUUUACACUUGGACCAAACUUGGAGAAACAAAAUAACUUUUUUUUUUUUUACAGAAAUAUAUGGUUUUCUUUGGACUAUUUGGGAAAAGCUAAAAUUCAGAUAAGCUGUAAGGUACCCCUGCAUCUAUGUGUAGCAUUCAUGUAUGUGUUUUAUAAUUACUGUGUUGUAGUGUUGAGCUCAGUUGUUUUUCUGUGACAUCUUUCUUCUCCCCUGAUGUCUAAUUGUCAGUCAGACCCACCACAUGUCUCCUCUUCCCCCCUGUUGACACGAGCUACCUCCUGUGAGCAUACAGCGCACCACCAGGAGAGGCUGACCUGGUCUUUAAAAAACACAGAUGGCUUGAGAGCAGACAUGGGCACACAAUCACGUUCGCAGGUGAUCAAAUGAAUCCAUGCUGAAAGGAGCUGUCAUUACUCAUGAUGUGGGAAAAAAAUCCAUUUUCACUGAGCUGCAUUUUUAUUUUAGGGGAGGAAAAAAAACAGCUUUUGUUGAGAUUUAUUGGUAGACACACAUCCAGUUAUUCCUGCAUUUUACCAAACCAACCCCAGAAUCAGUGAUGACAUGUCAUUUGCUGUCUGAAACCAAUAAAAGCACAGACCAAAGUACUAGUUUGCCAUUGUAGACAGUAACAUGGCAAGUAAUGACAGAUGGCAACCAGUCAACCAAAGUAUAUCUGAAAAACACACACCAGGAGAGCCCAAUCGACAAACAAAACAUCUGAAUUUCAGAUGUGAAUUCUUACUCAAGCAAUCAAAGUGCUUGUUGACUACAUAUUGAGCAGUGCUUCUCUGUAAACAACAGCAGCGUCACCUUUAGAAAAAGCCUGCCAACUGUGUGUUCUUAUAGCUACAAAGCCUUGCAGAGUUAAAGUGAAUACGUGAUAAGUGUGUGUCUGUCUGCGGAUGGUGGAGUGCCUGUCUUUUAGUAAAAAAAAAAAAAAAAAAAGAAAGAAAGUAAGAAAAAAAACCAAACAGCAACAAAAAAAACUUUAUGUCUCUCUGCAAACUACUUGAAACCUUCAGAGCUUUAAUGAAACAUUCAAGAAAAUCAACAGUGAUGUAUUGAUUUAAAAAUAAUAAUAAAUAAAGCAGCAGUUUUCGUGCAGGUUUGUCUAUAGAAACAUCCACAUCAUAACACAAUGGGUUGACAGUUCCAUUCAAUUCUUGAAGUGCUUUGUGUGAACCUCCUUGCCUGUGAGUAAGCCCUCAGAUAAACAAAGCCAAACCCAAUAUACAGUGUACAAAUUACCAAAAUACAACCAAAAGCUGCAUCUUUUCUUCUUCACGUUGUUAAGUUUUUCUUAUAAAAAAAAAACAAAAAAAACUGACACUCCCCCUCCGUGACCCCUCUUCAAGUCAUCAUUCUGCAGAUUGCAAAUAUCUGUUACUUUCUCUGUCAAGACGCAUCGCCACCCUGCUAGUCAAGGGUCUGCUCAUUUUUUUUUACAUCAGCUACAUUUUAUCUGUUUAACCAUGUUUCACAUAUGGGCAAAACACAUAUUCAGAGAGGACAUUUAAGUGCAGGGUUGGUGUUUGUCCCAACCUGUAGAUCUGCUUGCAAAGUUUCAGAGCUCAGCCAGUGCGAUGGUGACACGUCCUUCCUGUGAAACAGGCUCCGAAGACUAAAAAGCUGAAGUGGCAAAACAGUGGACGCAGCACUUGUUUCCCAAUAAGCCAUGGCUCAGAAUGAUCUUGUUUUUAAACUUCACAUAAACUGAAGUGAAAAGAAGUUUAUGCUUUUGUAUGUGUAAGGACGCCUUCUAUACUGUACUGUGCAAUACAUUAACGCAGAAAAAAAGACAUGUUUCUGUAGGGAAGGUUGGCGCUUUCGAGAUCUUUCCCGCUUUGUUUCAUUUCUCUCUUCCAACAGUCCUGUUGCCAUUUUUUAGAUGAAGUAAACUGUGCCAGAGGAAUUAAAUUCUGAUUUGUAUUUAUUUCUUGCAUGCUUCUCUCCCUGUUGCUAAUACCGCUUUUUAACUGUUCGCUCUGUUGGAUGUGUGAAGCUGUAAAACAUUCUAAUUCAGGUUAUUGUCUGUGUUGAACAAUGUAACUGUGUAAUUAAAACAUGAAAUGAUGUAUCCAU